AUGCCUCAACAACAACCAAUGAAUCAAGGCUCUUCAUCACAACAGCCUAGGCCACAAGCUCCACCAGACAGGCCUAAUGAAUUACAAGCUGCGUUAUUGACUCUUAUCAACACUCAAGCUCAGUUCAUGACUGAAACCAGAUCCUCUAUUAGAAAUCUUGAAACACAAGCAAUUACUUUGAGGAGUGGUAAACAAAUUGAGCAAUCUACUGUACAACAAUCAGUGGUUCAGAAUGAAGAAUUGGAUGAAAAGUCUGAUACAGUUGAGCAAGGGGUUACUGAAGAUCACAAGAGCCAAAAGAAGAUUCCUCCACUGGACAUCAAUAUUCCUUUUGCUGAGGCUUUGGAGCAGAUGCCUAGCUAUGUAAAGUUCAUGAAAGUGAUUUUAUCUAAGAAAAGAAAGAUGGAAGACUAUGAAACUGUGGCGCUCACUGAAGAAUGUAGUGUAAUAUUGCAAAGGAAGUUGCCCCAAAAGUUGAGAGAUCCGGAGAGCUUUACUAUACCUUGCACAAUUGGAAAAUUUGAGUCAAGACCAACAACAGUUACUCUACAGUUACCAGAUCGAUCGGUGAAGCAUCCACAGGGUAUCAUUGAAGAUGUUCUUGUGAAGAAAGAUAUUGAUGUGCCUGUUAUUCUUGGAAGACCAUUUCUAGCCACUGGCCAAGCUCUCAUUGAUGUUCAGAAUGGUGAAUUGAAGCUUCGGGUUCAAGGAGAUGAGGUGGUAUUCAUUGUCUUCCAAGCAAUGACGUAUCCGGUGGCUAGUGAUAGUUGA